AUGGGAGUUGUUCGCUAUCACCUGCACAUUGCCGACGGUGGGGAUCCAACUGCAACUGUUACCGCCGCCACUUUAUUUGCCCAUUUAACAUUACGAUGUGGACAGCUACGCAAUUAUCUCUUGCUGAGCGCUAGUACUACAGAUGCCAAGCGACAGAAAGACUCGAAUUUACCAAAUUCCAAUAGUGCACGCAUGGUCCAACUCACAGCCGCAGCCGCAGCGGCAGGAGCAUCGCCGUCUUCAGGAGAAGGCACAGAAGAUCAGGUACUCCUCGCCGCAGAGGCACUCUUACGUGGGGAUGAACAUUUCCGCUCAAUGAUUAAUGAGGAUGAGAAUCUCUGGAGUACAGCUGUUGCUGCUGUAAAGGAUCGCAUUAUACCUUAUCCAUGCUUUAGCUGUAGCUUUGUGGAAUCGGAGAUGUCUCUUGCAAAGUCUAAAGGACGUUAUUUUGAUUUUAUUGCCACCGCAGAUGUUGCCAGUUUUGAUUACUUAUUGGAUUAUUACAUGGCAUUACGAGUGGAGGAGUCGAAAAGAGAAAAAGAGAAUUCUCUGGAGGAACGACAUCGGCGGAAAGUGGGUUUGGUGCAUAUAUUAUGUGGUGAACCCGCCCGUGCUGGACAUUUACUGCAACGAUUUAUGGAGUUGCUUUUAGAUGUGGAUAGUAAAGCACCAAUGCAGUUAGUUAAUGACAACGACAGUAAUGGAAAUAAGGAUAAUAAUCAAAUGAUGAAUAAUAAUGAUGAUGAUCAUAGCUGCUUUGCGUGGAUUAACCGUGCAGAUAGUGUUGUUGCACAGAUGUACCAGCUAUUAGGUGUUGAUGUACUCUUUGAAGUGCUAUAA